UAAAUGGAGCAACCACCAUUUACUGAAGAUGACCCGGCCACAACCACCACCACCACCACCACUGCCACCUCUCCACAGGACAGAAUCAACCGUAAUUCUGAUGCUUCUCGAUGCAGCGGCGGAACAAGACAUCCAGUCUACCGUGGAGUCAGGAAACGGAGGUGGGGCAAAUGGGUGUCGGAAAUUCGCGAACCCCGUAAAAAAUCACGAAUUUGGCUAGGCUCAUUUCCUGUACCGGAAAUGGCUGCCAAGGCUUAUGACGUGGCUGCUUAUUGUCUUAAAGGUUGCAAAGCACAGCUUAAUUUUCCAGAAGAGUUAGAGGACUUGCCUAGGCCAUCCUCGUGCACGGCUAGAGAUAUUCAAGCAGCAGCAGCUAAAGCAGCAAAUUCAAUGAAAAAGAGCAAUAUCGCAAACAGCGACGGCGAUGGUGACAGCAACGGAGAUAGAGAGAAUGAUGAUUUUUGGGGUGAGAUUGAAUUGCCAGAACUGAUGAAUAGUGGGUUGAAUUGGAGUUCUUGUGCAUGGAGUUUCGCCGGCGAUUGCACGUGGAUGGACGGAGAGGCUCCACAACAGUUUAUGGCAUGUCUAUGAUCGUGAAGCUUUGUGCUUUGGUCGGCUGUUGUAAUCAAUAUCCAUAUUUUUAGAUACGUAUGUAUGAGUAUUUGUGAGCAGAUUCUUCUACUAUAUAUAUGUAUUUUGCAAUAAUAUUUGUUUUUUGAAUUAAUACGAUACGGAGUUUCGAAAUUCAUAAAACCGAUUUGGGGGUUGUUAUGUCAUUUAAUUUGAGCAGCCUGUAAUAUAAUAAACCCCAACACCCUUGAUUUGAUAAUUGAUAAAGUGCACCUAAUUUCUA